GACCACUAGGUCAAAGGCUGAUGUGGAAAAAAAAUGCCAUGUCGAAAAAAUAAAAAUGUGGCAUUUGUAAAAAAAAAAAUAAUUUUGCCCAAAUAUUUGGCUUUCAGAAGACGCGAACCCAUGAAAGACCUAAAACUUUUGUCUUCAAAAAAGACGCCGUCACUGCACUCUCUUGGACGCGAUUUGGCUCCAGCUCGACAACAACCGUAUAUCACUAUCUCCCUUCGACAACCUUGCACGUAGCACGGCGUUACCCAACAGAGCAUCCGAACAUCUACCCGUAAUUGUAGUCAUCGACGAGCGCCUCAGGUCUUAUUGAAGCUCUAGGUUUUACAACUCUGUUUGUUGUUGAAAUGAAACCUUCCGUUGAAUGUUCUCUUGAUGAUGAGGAUGAUGAUCUCCUUGAUGCAUAUAUGACAUCCUUGGAAAACAAUGUUGGAGGUUCUAUUAUUGGCAGUGGAGAUGGUGGCAGUGGAGAUACUAGCAGUGAUGGGAGUAAAUAUGAGGGUAGUGAUGCCGAUGGGAGUGGGUAUGAGGAUAGUGAUGUCGAUGGGAGUGGAGAUAAUUGCAAUGAUGUUGAGGGGAAUGAAGACGAUAAAAGUGGGGAUGAUGGCAGUGGCGGUGAUGGCUUGGGUGACAUUGGCAGUGAUGAAGAUUUUAAAGAGGUCUAUGAAUCAGAUAAUGAGGACAUACUGCUAUUUGAAGAUGAUGGUGACAAUGGCAUUAGGAGAAGUAUGGUUGCAAAUCCAAAGUUCAAUCAUAAGGUUACUUCAGAAAAGUUUAUGUUUGAACUUGGAAUGGAAUUUACUGAUCUCAAAGAGUUUAAAAAUGCUAUCAAGAGCUAUGCGGUUGAUGGUGGGUACCAAAUACAUAUAGCGAGGAAUGAGAAGACAAGGUGUCAAGCAAAGUGUGAUGUUGGAUGCCUGUGGGUGAUAUGGUGCUCUCAAAUCAAAGGGGAGAGUACUUACCAAAUCAAGACAUACGUUAAACAACAUAUGUGUAAUCGGAGACUAGAAAACAAGCAAGCCAAUAGCACAUGGCUAGCGGUGAGAUUGGUGGACAAGAUAAGAGGGGAACCAAAAGUGAGUGCAGCUGAUUUGGUCACAUAUGCAAAGGAACACAUCUCUUUGGCAAUUUCAAGGACACAUGCAUAUAGAGCAAAGAAGAAAGCAUUGGACAUGAUCGAUGGGAAACAUAAAGAACAGUAUGGUCAAUUGAGAAGUUACAUGUCCGAGGUUUUAAGGACCAACAUCGGUAGCACAUGCAAUUUACUUGUGGACAGGGAUAGACUAGAAGACCUUGCAGUGUUCAAGCGGGUAUAUAUGUGCCUUGCUCCGUUGAGGAAUGGGUUCCUUGCUGGAUGUAGGCCUUUGAUUGGUCUAGACGGGUGUUUUUUGAAAACUGUUUAUGGUGGUCAAUUACUCACUGCAGUAGCACAUGACGGUGCUAAUGGGAUUUUUCCCAUAGCAUGGGCGGUUGUCGAAAGGGAGAAUGGAGAUUCAUGGGAAUGGUUCUUAAGGAAGUUACUAUUGGACAUCGGAGGGUUCGAUAGGAGGAGAUGGUGCUUUAUUUCUGAUAGGCAGAAGGGAUUGGUGUCAACCAUUGAUAAGCUUGAAAGAGAAGUGGAACAAGGCAUUGAGCACCGAUUCUGUGUGAGGCAUAUUUAUGCCAACUUUAGCAAAAAAUGGCCAGGAGCUCAUUAUAGAAAAUUGGUAUAUGAUUGUGCAAAGGCCACAACAAUGCAAGAUUUCCUCUCACACAUGCAGAAGGUAAAAGAGUUAGAUGAAGAGGCUUGGAAGUAUUUGGAUGACAUAGUUCCAUGUUUGUGGACUAGGGCAGCUUUCUCCACAUUUAGCAAGAAUGAUGCCAUUGUGAAUAACAUGUCAAAGAGCUUCAAUGGUAAGAUUGUGCAAAUUAGAGGCAAACCAAUUAUCACAAUGUUAGAGGAGCUAAGAGCUGAUGCAAUGGAUAGGCAUGUUAGAUUGAGGAUAAAGAUGGAAAGGAAACAAGGGAGACUUGUGCCAGAAGUGCACGAUAGAUUAGUUAAAGAGUUCCAGAAAAGUAGAUUAUGGACAGCAAAAUGGUCUGGAGAUUCAGAACAGUCAGUUUUUCAGGUGAGCAAAAAGCCAGAGCAAUACGUUGUCAAUGUAAAACAGGCAUCAUGUACUUGUAGGUCAUGGGACUUAUCUGGCAUUCCAUGCACUCAUGCUGUCACUGCAAUUGGAUGGCUUCACAAAGAUCCAGUAGACUUUGUGCAUGAAGCAUAUACAAGGGAGACAUAUUUCAGGGUAUACCAUCACAAUGUUGAACCAACAAAUGGAGAGAACUUGUGGGUUGCCACUGGUGGUGAUACCGUUAUACCUCCUCCAAUGAAAGUAUCUGUCGGAAGACAACAAAGAAGAGAAUGAGAGAACACGAUGAGCCUAAGACAAGCAGUCGACUAAGACGAAGGUAUCCGAAGAUAAAAUGUGGCAAAUGUGGAGGACUAGGGCACAACAAAAGAGGAUGUCAUAAUCCUGCAAUAUCUCAGCCACCCAAUGUGAAUGUUAAUGUCGACAUGGAAAGUGCAGUUGGAAGAAGGGGUACUAGGGGAAGAGGUCGUGGUAGAGGUGGUAGAAAGGUUGGUCCAAUGAGAGGAGGUGGCAUUGGUAGGCCUUCUACUACUAAUACUGAUGCAGUGAGUACUGAUGCGGAUCGAGUUAAUAGUGGCAGUGUCUUUAGAUCAAAGAUGCCAGUGAAAAGAUCUAUGAUGCGAGGGAGUGGAAGUGGUGGUGGAAUUGUCAUGACCGAGAGCCAUACAGUGCCAAUGGAUUUGAGUUUUGGUGGAUCAUGCAGCCCUGGAAAAAGAACAAAAUCAAGUGCCAAGAGGAUGCCAAACACUAUUCUUACAAUUCAAGGUGCAACAUCCAAAGCUAGGUACACUACCAUGCUGAAUGCAACUCAGGAAUCAAUAACGAAAGCAAGGAGGUAGUCAUAUUAGUGAUAAUAUUAGGGUCGUGCUAACUAGAUUAGUAAAUAUCUGUUGGAUAUGUUUUUGGUGGACUUAGCAUCUGAAUAUGUUUUGGACUUAUGUAUGACAGUCAUCUGGCAUCUAGAUAAUGUUGUUUUGGACUUGCUUCUAUGAAACAAAUAUGAUAUGGUGAAUAUAAAGGUCUAUUAUGGUGGAAUUUUAAUCUUUAUA